UGAUUAGUUUGUCAAUGUUGGAAAAAUAUAUUAAAGCCGCUCCAUAAUGUGUGAAAUUCGCGGCAAGGACAACCAUGAGAAGCUUCGCAAUUACAUACUUAAUCCGGAUAUAUCCAUUCAUGAUCCGCUGCCCGAUGUUGUGCCACGUAAAUUUAAUGAAAUGCGCCUGUUGCACAUUCCCAAAUGCCCGGGAAGUACAAAACUAAUUCCACGUAGGGACUUGGUUACCGGCGAAAUACUCGAGUUCGUUGAGGUUGAUGUGGAGGAUGUGGGGGCCAAUGCCAAUAAUUCAAUGUCCAUGCAGCGUGAGCCGGGUCUACUGGAAGAAAUAACGCGAGGCUCGCCUAUGAACUAUCCUUUCUGGCCGGGUGGCUUCGAUGUCAAAAAGCAGAAGUUGGAGAUUGCUAAGCUCGAUUUGGAUAGCUUUGAACUUGGUGAAAAGUUGCUAACCGUGCCGCCGGGGUUUUCAAGUGGUCAUGACUUCUCAUUGGACACAAAAAAAGUUAUGAAAACGGCUACCACCACCGCUAGCAAUGUGGAUUUACUAGAGAAUUUAGAGGAAGACCUCGACGUACAGCAGUGGCUGCAAAUAACGCGAAGCGAUAGCGAAGCCACCGGCACAAGUGCGCCGCAGAGAGAUCUUCAAUUUCCAGCAGAGUUCCAAGACGUCGAUGAUGAUAUUAUGAACGCAGACCUGAAGCCCGUCCUGAAUAUAUCGACGACAACGAAAACAUUCAGCAGUGACUGGGCAGAAAUGGUAGACAUCAGCCAGCCCAUCACCAACUUCAAGGAGCAAAUACCCUGUCCAGCCAUGGAGUUUCCCUUCGAGCUUGAUGUAUUCCAAAAGCAGGCUAUUCUUAAGCUGGAGCAACGUCAAUAUGUCUUUGUGGCAGCGCACACAUCAGCGGGCAAGACCGUGGUGGCCGAGUAUGCCAUUGCAUUAUCCAAGCGGGAUCUGACGCGCACCAUUUACACGUCGCCCAUCAAGGCGCUAUCCAAUCAAAAGUAUCGCGACUUCCGCAAGACCUUCAAGGAUGUUGGUCUCAUAACGGGUGAUCUGCAAAUCGAGCCAACCGCCUCGUGCCUCAUUAUGACCACCGAGAUAUUGCGUUCCAUGCUCUAUUGUGGCAGCGAUAUAACACGGGACUUGGAAUAUGUAAUUUUCGAUGAGGUCCACUAUAUUAAUAAUCCGGAGCGCGGCCACGUCUGGGAGGAAGUCAUCAUACUACUGCCAGACCAUGUCAAUAUUAUCAUGCUCAGCGCCACAGUGCCCAAUACCAUGGAAUUGGCUGAUUGGGUGGGCAGCACCAAGAAGCGCAAGGUGUAUGUCAUAAGCACGCUAAAGCGUCCAGUUCCAUUGAUGCAUUAUCUCUACACUGGCGCCGGUGGCAAGAGUCGUGAUGACAUCUUUCUGUUGGUUGAUGCCCAGGGUAAAUUCCUGCAGGGCAACUACGAGAAGGCUGUAGAGCGCAAGAAGGAAAUGCAAAGCAAAUCUAAGACGGGCGGACCUAAAAACUACGUAAACAGCAAACAGGAUCAGUGCACCUGGAUUGGACUGAUUGAUUUCCUCAAGCGAAACAACAAGAUGCCCGUUGUGGCCUUUACUUUGUCCCGCAACCGCUGCGACAGCAAUGUGGCUGCCCUGCAAUCCGUGGAUCUCAAUACGGCAGUGGAGAAGGGCUCAGUGCAGAAGUUCUUCCUCCAAUGCUUGGCGAAGCUGAAGCCGCCUGACCGCACUAUACCACAGGUGCUGGCGCUUAAGGAUUCUCUGGAACGUGGCAUUGGAGUCCAUCAUAGCGGCAUUUUACCAAUCCUCAAGGAGAUCGUCGAGAUGCUCUUCCAGAACGGCCUCGUCAAGCUGCUCUUUGCCACCGAAACUUUUGCCAUGGGCGUUAAUAUGCCAGCCCGCACAGUCAUCUUCGAUUCGCACAAGAAGUUCGAUGGCACUGAAAUGCGCAACCUGAAACCGGGCGAGUAUAUACAAAUGGCUGGACGUGCUGGACGACGUGGUCACGAUGAGAAUGGCACCGUCAUCCUGCUAUGCAAAGGUCAAGUGCCACCGUCUAUGGAACUGAGGCCUAUGAUUCUUGGCUUACCCGAGAAGCUGCAGUCGCAAUUCAUUCUCCGUUAUGCCGUUAUACUGACAUGUCUGCGCAUCGAGAGCAUCAAGGUGGAGGACAUCAUGCAGUUCAGCUUCAAGGAGUUCAAUCAAAAAUUGCAGCUACCUACACAGCAGAAGCAGCUGCAGCUAGCCGAGGCCAAGUUUGCCACGCUGCCCAAUCUUGGCGAGCACCUUCAGCCACUGAUCUAUUUCUAUGACAAGUCCGUUGAAUACUGGAAGGAGAAGCAUCGCAUUAUGAAAUUUAUUUUAACUCAACCGAAAAUCCAAAAGGAAAUGAAAGUAGGGCGCAUCAUUUUUAUCACUCAGGGCAAGCAUUACAAUAAGCUGGCCAUAUUGCUUAAUGUUAAGUCCGUGCAGGGCAAGGAUACCAUCUACAAGGUGUUAGUAUUGGAUCAUCAAUUCAAGAGCAACGACUGCGACAACGUAAAUCGGGGCGAACUUUACUACAAAAUCCUCUCAUUGACACCACAGCACAAAUUCUUCCAUCCGGAGGGCAUUGGAGGACACACUGUGCUAGACAUCAGAGCCGUUGAUAUCCUAACGAUUACGAAAUCAACAAUUAAAGUUGAUGCCGAUGUCAUAAUACGAAACUGGGAGCAAAGGCAGUUAGAACGCUUUAAGGACUCGCCGCCUAGCGCAACAGUCGUCAAGGCCGUCACGGAACUGCAUCAGCUAAACGAAGCAUACAAUGCCAAUCCGGACAGUAUCAAGUACAUCAAUAUGUCCAAGGAAAUAACCGUAAAUGCGGAAACCGAAGUAGCUAUGGUGCACUAUGUGGAUCAUCUGGCACGUCAGGUGGGCAACGUGCUGCCACAUACCAAUGUUGCCGGCUUUGAACAGGAGUUCGCCAAGGUGUACGAGCGUCGUAUGUUAGAGAUUAACAUUGAGGAGUUGCGUUUCAAGAAUUCGGCAAAGAAUUUAACCCUUUAUCCGGAUUACUGCAACAAGUUGCAGGUGUUGCGAGCCCUCAAUUAUAUAGAUGAGCAGAACGAGGUGACACUCAAGGGCAAGGUAGCUUGCGAAAUGGGUCAAAAUGAGCUCCUCAUUACCGAGUUAAUACUCUGCAAUAUGUUUAAUGAUCUGGAGCCAGCGGAAAUAGCGGCUCUACUGUCGGGUCUGGUGUUUCAGGCAAAAAUUCAGGGCGAACCUGUCAUCCCAGAGCCACUAAAAAAAUGUGUUGCCGCCUUUGAGCAAAUCAACGACACCAUCUUGGCUGAGGAACAGCGCUGUCAAGCGGCAGUUGAGGCAGAAAAUAAUUUAAAUUUUGGACUGCUUGAGGUUGUCUACGAGUGGGCUAAAAACAAGCCUUUCGCUGAGAUCAUGAAACUAACCGAGGUACAGGAGGGCAUCAUAGUGAGAUGUAUUCAGCAGUUAGACGAAACACUUCGGGAUGUUAAAACUGCAGCCAUUCGAAUUGGUAAUCCCGGCUUGCAGUCUAAAAUGGAAGAGGCCUCGGCGGCCAUAAAACGGGAUAUUGUAUUCACAGCCAGUUUGUACACGGAGCUCUAAAAAAAAAA